GUGGCCCGGAGUCCCCGGGGAGGAAGGGCGGGCGCCGUGGCGGGGCGGGCGGGGCGCGUCUGGGAGGCUCUGCCCGGGGCCCCCCCCCCUCCCGGGCCCCUGCCAGUCUCUCACCGCCAUCGCGUCCUCUGGGCUCCCCAGCCGCGGUCCUCCCGCCUGUCUACUGGGCACGACACAGCAGGCUCAGGGCUUUGACUUCUUUGCUGGGAAAGGGCUACCUCAUGCCUGCCCAGCCGCAGCGUCCUUCCCAGACCCGGGGGUGCUUUACGAAGCAAGGAAGGCAUCUAGGCCAGGAGAGGUCCCCGGGACACCUCUGGGGAGUGGGUCCAGGCCCCUGUACCCGUCCUGGCUGAGAUUCUACCGACCUGGCACUCGUGGGCAGGCUGUCGUGAGGACUCAGAAGAAGUGCUUGGUACACGGGAGCUGGUGCCAGCAGCUGCCAUGGCGUCGCGCAUUGGGCUGCGAAUGCAGCUCAUGCGGGAGCAGGCGCAGCAGGAGGAGCAGCGGGAACGCAUGCAGCAGCAGGCCGUCAUGCAUUACAUGCAGCAGCAGCAGCAGCAGCAACAGCAGCAGCAGCAGCUGGGUGGCCCCCCGACCCCGGCCAUCAACACCCCUGUCCACUUCCAGUCUCCACCACCAGUGCCUGGGGAGGUGCUCAAGGUGCAGUCCUACCUGGAGAACCCCACCUCCUACCACCUGCAGCAGUCCCGGGACCAGAAGGUACGGGAGUACCUGUCUGAGACCUACGGGAACAAGUUUGCUGCCCACAUUAGCCCCGCUCAGGGCUCCCCAAAGCCCCUGCCUGCUGCCUCCCCCGGGGUGCGGGCUGGACACGUGAUGUCCUCCUCAGCGGGCAACAGUGCUCCCAACAGCCCCAUGGCCAUGCUGCACAUCGGUUCCAACCCUGAGAGGGAGUUCGAUGUCAUUGACAACAUAAUGUGUCUGGACAAUGUCCUGAGCUACAUCAAUCCUGAAACUCAGAUGCCUAACACGCUGCCCCUAUCCAGCAGCCACUUGAAUGUGUACAGUGGUGACCCCCAGGUCACAGCCUCCCUGGUGGGCGUCACCAGCAGCUCCUGCCCGGCGGACCUGACCCAGAAGCGCGAGCUCACAGAUGCUGAGAGCCGGGCCCUGGCCAAAGAGCGGCAGAAGAAAGACAAUCACAACCUAAUUGAAAGGAGACGGAGGUUCAACAUCAAUGACCGCAUCAAGGAGCUGGGAAUGCUGAUCCCCAAGGCCAAUGAUCUGGAUGUGCGUUGGAACAAGGGCACCAUCCUCAAGGCCUCGGUCGAUUACAUCCGGAGGAUGCAAAAGGACCUGCAGAAGUCCCGGGAACUGGAGAACCACUCUAGGCGCCUGGAGAUGACCAACAAGCAGCUCUGGCUCCGCAUCCAGGAGCUAGAGAUGCAGGCCCGCGUGCACGGCCUCCCCACCACCUCCCCAUCAGGUGUGAACAUGGCUGAGCUGGCCCAGCAAGUGGUGAAGCAGGAGCUGCCUGGCGAGGAGGACCUGGGGGAGGCCCUGUUACUGGGGGCUGAGGUUCCUGACCCUGAGCCCCUGCCAGCUCUGCCCCCCCAGGCCCCACUGCCCCCGCCCACCCAGCCCCCUCCGCCACAGUCCCCGUUCCACCACCUGGACUUUAGCCAAGGCCUGAGCUUUGGGGGUGGGAGCGACGAAGGGCCCCCCAACUACCCUGAGGCCAUGGGGCCAGAGCACGGCUCCAUGUUCCCCACCCUGUCCAAGAAGGAUCUGGACCUCAUGCUUCUGGACGACACCCUGCUCCCACUGACCUCCGACCCCCUCUUCUCCACUAUGUCCCCUGAGGCCUCCAAGGCCAGCAGCCGCCGGAGCAGCUUCAGCAUGGAGGAGGGUGACGUGCUGUGACCCUGGCUUCCCGCACCAGGGGACGGGCCACCCCCUCUAGCCCUCCAGGUUGCACAUGUGUGUGAAGUAACCACCUGCCCCGCCUCAGGCCUCCCUGUGGGUCCUCUGUGUGGACUUAGUGCCUGGUUGGCAGCCUGUGGGGGUAGAAGCCCCCCGCCCAUGUCAGUGUCACAGUUCCCCCACCAGGGGUGGCCCUCCUGAUGGGGCCUCCCCCUGACUGUGGGAGGUGAGGGGCACUGUGGGGGGUGGGGUGAGGGUGGGGGGGGCGGGAUGUGCUGAGGUAAGGGGAGUUCUGGUGGAUCCUUUCUUCUGAGCCUGCCUGCCCUCCCACACAUUGGAGCAGGGAUUUCAGGCGGUUCCUUCUCUGGCACAGCAUCCAGGCCAGGGGGUACCUGGGCCUGACUUUCUGGGACUCAGUCACAAGCCUGUCCACUAGCCUGGCACUCCCCAGCAAAACACACACACACAGGUGGGGCUCCCCCCACUUUUGGUGCUAACAACUCUCCACCAGGUGGUGUGAGGGUGGGGGUGGCUGGAAGAGGGGGUGCUGGUUUCAGAUUAGAGUGUGGGGUCAUUGCUGGAUAAGCAGCUUCCCUCCAGGCCCUCCCUUGCCCCCCAAUUUGUGCCUUUAGUAAACACUGUGCUUUGUA